GUGCGUUCGAAAAAGCGUCACUUAACCUUCCGACAGGUUUUUGUACGUACUCUCGACUGCGGCACGCCCCACGCGUAUAGGCACCGCACGCACGCAGCAGACGCUCGUUACAAUAGCGCAGUUAAGGAAACGCAGCGCUUCCGGCAGCACCGCCAUCGCGACGCCAGCCAAGCCACCAGCCAUGGGUCUCGAGACCGGUACAGUUACACCACAGGUCACAGUCGGCCGACAAUGUCAUGUCGGGAGCAUCGAUCUUGUCCAGGCAGAAUUGCCGCCACCGCACGUCAAGGAAGAUGCGUGUUUGGUCGAGCUACACGAACACACCCCGUCCGAUGAGAAGUCAUCGCGGUCGUGGAGAGCAGAGUACAUGACCGCCGCCGCGUUCGUCGCGGUCACACUCGCGAGCUACCCGUACACUGGGGGCAUUCGAAGUUGGCACUACGUGUGGUGGUGUGGGUGGUUGACUGCCGUGUCGACUGGGGUCGGAGCGUUGCCGUUUCUGUGGGUCAAGGAUAUUGACAAGUUUUGGCUCGGCGUGUGCAACGCUCUCGCAGCGGGCAUGAUGCUGGCAGCCACGAGCUGCUUGUUAUACGAAGGCUACCUCGUCAAAAGCCACGACCGUGACGUCGUGUCUGUGAACUUGCGGGUUUUCGUCGGUGCAUUUGCCGGCGUUGCUUUCAUCAAGGUGACCAAAAUCUUGCUCGAUGGCCACGAAGAUGUCAAGUUGGGCGGGCUCGAUGGAUUGGAUGCCCGCAAGGCGCUGCUGAUCAUGGCGGUGAUGACGCUGCACUCCAUCUCGGAAGGCAUUGGCGUCGGGGUGUCGUUUGGUGGCGAUGGCGGCGACCGACGGGGACUCAUGGUGUCUCUCACGUUGGCCAUUCACAACAUCCCCGAAGGACUGGCCAUUUGCUUGGUUUUGAUUCCACGAGGGUUGAAGCUCCUUCCAGCCGUCUUGUGGUGUGUGUUUUCGAGGUACUACCAACCAACCUGCGAUACAAAAUGGGGAUAUACUACUUAGUAUAUACUAACAUGUGAUUCGACCAACUAGUUUGCCGCAACCGAUCUUCGCCGUGCCGUCGUUUCUGUUUGUUGAAACGUUUUUGCCCAUUUUACCGUGUGGAUUGGGGUUUGCAGGCGGCGCCAUGGCGUACGUCGCGAUAUGCGAACUGCUCCCCGAGUCGGUCGAAGACACCGAGAACAAGCUCGCCACCGCCGUGAGCCUGGUCCUGGCGUUCGUGUCCAUGCUCAACAUCCAAUACGUUUUGACGGGCGAGCUGUAGUUAGUUGGUCAUCGCACCCCGUCACAUCUUAAUAUCAUAACCUAUUUUACCCGUCGCAA